AUGGCCGGCGGCAAGCGCCGCCACGCGCGCAGCAACCCGACCGCCGGCGGGCCGCGGCACGGCGCCGGGGCCGGGCGCCGCCGCCCCGUCCCCGAGCUCCCCUCCUUCGUCUCCCCGGCCUCCGUCGCCGCCGCGUUCUCCUCGUCCUCCUCGGGCGGCCGCGGCCGCGGGGGGAGGGGCGGGCGCCGCGGCGGCGGCGGAGGCGGGUCGUCGAACUCCGCGUCCGACUCGUCCUCCCACGCCGUCCCCUUCAGCUACGCCGCGCUCCGCCCCUCCGCCUCCUUCGAGGGGGCGACUCAGGUGCUGGAUGUCACCAUCGACACCGCCCCCUGCGCCGACCCGGCCUCCGCCUCCGUCCCGGUGUACUCGUACGGCCCGGUUGGCGGGAUCGGGCUGGGGUUUCACGGCGAGGAGGAGGAUGAGGAGGAGGAGGCUGGUGAGGCUGGGCUGCAUCUCGGAUUGGGAUUCCGGGGUUGCAGCAACGAAGAGGUGGAGUUGGAGGAGGCCACCUUAGUGACGCCGAGGAAGCCGAAGGAGAAGCCUAAGGGCAAGCGCAACGAGGGAUUUUUGUCCAUUGGGGGAAUUCGGAUCUACACGGAGGACAUCUCAUCGCCAGAGUCGGGGGUGGGUGACUCUGAUGAGGAAUCGGAAUCAGAUUAUGAGGGGAGAGAUGGCAAUGAUGAUGGUGAUAGUGACGAGGAAGGCAGUGAUGUCAACGAAGGUGGUUCGGAGUCUGAUGAAGAGUUGUCUGGAUCAGAUUCAGAGGAAGACUUGAGCAUUGGUGAUUCAUCAGUUGAUGAUGAGGUUGUUGCCGAUUACAUGGAGGGGAUCGGCGGGAGUGAGGAGCUGUUAAGCAGCAAGUGGGUGGCUGGAAUGAAUUUGGUCGAUUCAGAUGAUGACGAUGAGAUGGAUACAGAUGAGGAUGAGGAUGGGUUCUUGAAGAAGGUGAAGGGACAGCUUGAGGGUUAUGCCUUGAUGAAUGCAUCCGAGCAGUAUGGGAUGAAGAGGCCGAGCUCAGCAGAUCGGUUGAAGGGAAAGGGCACUGCUGUCAGGGCUUGUGACCGGGACCUGGCAAGUAUGCGAGUGAUGGGUCUGGAUGCUGUGAUGAUGGUAAAGGAUGUACGCAUGGCAAACAGAUUAAGAAAGGGAGCAAAGGUGGCUUCAUCAUCUUCUCACCUCUCCAGGUCCUGGCCUAAUGAGGGUAGGAAGAGCAAGAAGUAUCAGAGUGUACCAGGUGAGAAAAAGAAGCAUCGGAAGGAACUCAUUGCAAAGAAGCGCCGCCAACGAAUGCUAGGCAGAGGAGUUGAUUUAGAUCAAAUUAAUACUAAAUUGAGGAAGAUGGUCGUAGAUCAGGUUGAUAUGGUAUGCUUCCAACCAAUGCACACUCGAGACUGUUCGCAGGUUCAACGCCUUGCAUCUAUUUAUCACUUGAAGAGUGGGUGUCAAGGUUCAGGAAAGAAAAGAUUUGUCACUGUGACAUUAACCGCGGAUUCUUCUUUACCAUCUUCUGAGGGCCAAAUCCGACUUGAAAAGCUCUUGGGAACUGAGCCUGAGGACUUUACUGUCAAUUGGGAGAACUCUAAACGUCCAGCCCAAGUGAAGGGCCUCUCAGCUCCAGGAAAGUUGGCAAGGAAUCAGACUUCCAGUGGAAAGAAAUCUUCCAAGAAACAAGUAUCAUUUGCUGAACGUCCUGUAUCUUUUGUCUCCUGUGGCACUAUGGCGGAAUCUGUUACUGAGACAAUUGCAGUUGCCACAACCAGUGGUGAAGUCUCAUGUGAGAAAAUUGUUGAAAGCGACUCUGUCAAGCUGGGAACCUUUGAGAUGCACACCAAGGGCUUUGGUUCUAAGAUGAUGGCUAAGAUGGGAUUCAUUGAGGGAACUGGCCUGGGCAAAGAUGGCCAAGGCAUGAUGCAGCCCAUCCAGCCAAUUCAACGUCCCAAAUCUCUUGGACUGGGAGUAGAAUUUGACAGCGAGGCUGAGGCAAUCAAGGCAAGGUCAGAACCACCAACCAAAGCAAGGUCAGAACCAUGGCGGAAUUUGAGGAAAGUGGAGAUUGGUGGCGUUGGUUCCUUUGAGAGGCAUACAAAGGGCUUUGGAUCCAAGAUGAUGGCGAGGAUGGGGUUCGUUGAGGGCUCUGGCCUGGGGAAGGAUGGCCAGGGCAUCGUCAACCCCUUGACUGCGGUGAGGCGACCCAAGUCAAUGGGGCUGGGAGCUAAGAAUAAGUAUUAAUACCAUAUGUGCCUUCUAUCUAUCUAUGUUAUCUAUGUUAUGUACCUUUUACAGCCGCUUGAGUUUGAUAACCUAGUUGUAUAUAUGCUAGGAGAGCAUAACCCCGUUGGCCGCGGCAAACAGCACGCGAAAUCGUGGGUUCCGAUGCCCCUGGCUGUAGGCAGUAGGUUCUAUCUUGUUUACAUUGCGGCAUUUCACAUUUUUCAUUCCCUGUUGUUUUGUUCAAUUCUCUGGAGGAAAGUUAUUUAUUUCCAUGGUACGUCUCAUCUAGUGUUUUUGUGUCAACUUGUCUUUCUGAAGUAAUGUGAAGCUGCGAUGGAUGCCCUGUGA